ACAUUCUAGCAGGUCAAAAACAAACACACACUCACAUUCCGAUAACUUCGCCGAUGGUUAGAAGUAGAACACUGCUGCAAGGAUGAGCCAAACGUAUACAUUUUCAUUCACCACUAUUAAAUCCACACCUUAUUUCCCAUUUAACAGUCGCCAAAACAAACUUUCAGUAUCAAUAACAGCCACUAACAAUAAUAAUAAUAAUAAUAACAAUAAUUCCUCAACAAAAAGACGUAUAUGGCGAAAAACACCAAACCCCAAAUCCUCAUUUCCUAACCAACGACGAAAUCUAGAAGUUGGCCACUUAGAUCACAGUGUAGACAUGGAAGAAUUAAUAUCAUCAAUCAACCAAACAACAGAUGAACACCAACUGUUUGCGUUAAUGUCUCAAUACAAAACCCGACAACUUUCCAUACGUUUUAUGGCCACAUUAUUGUCUCGUGAAACAGACUGGCAAAGAUCACUUGCUUUACUUGAUUGGAUUAACGAACACGCGUUAUACACGCCGUCGGUAUACGUAUAUAAUGUAGUUAUACGUAAUGUACUUAGAGCGAAACAAUGGGAGAUUGCGUAUGGACUGUUUGAUGAAAUGCGUCAAAGAGGGUUGUCUCCCGAUAGGUUUACGUAUUCGAAUUUGAUUACGAUGUUUGGGAAAGAGAGUAAGUUUGAUGAAGCAUUGUCUUGGUUACAAAAGAUGGAAGAUGAUCGCGUGUCUGGUGAUCUUGUGUUGUAUAGUAAUUUGAUUGAGUUGUCUAGGAAGUUGUGUGAUUAUUCUAAGGCGAUAUCGAUAUUUUCUAGAUUGAAAACCUCGGGUGUUUUGCCUGACCUUGUUGCGUAUAAUACGAUGAUUAAUGUUUUUGGGAAGGCUAAUUUGUUUCGUGAAGCGAGGUUGUUGGUUAAGGAAAUGAGAGAGGUUGGUGUUGAGCCGGAUACAGUUAGUUAUUCUACGUUGUUGAGUAUGUAUGCUGAGAAUGAGAAGUAUCUUGAGGCAUUGUCGGUUUUUUCUGAAAUGAAGGGAGUGAAUUGUUUGCCUGAUCUAACAACUUGUAAUAUUAUGAUAGAUGUGUAUGGGCAACUAGAUAUGGCUAAAGAAGCCGAUCGUUUGUUUUGGAGUAUGAGAAAGAUGGGGAUUGAGCCGAAUGUGGUUAGUUAUAAUACAUUGUUGAGAGUGUAUGGUGAAGCCGAGCUUUUUGGAGAGGCGAUACAUUUGUUUAGAUUGAUGCAGAGAAAAGAUAUCGUUCAAAACGUUGUUACUUAUAAUACAAUGAUCAAGAUUUAUGGUAAGACUCUUGAGCAUGAAAAGGCGAAUAAUCUUAUUCAAGAAAUGCAAAGUAGAGGGAUAGAGCCAAAUGCUAUAACGUACUCCACGAUUAUAUCUAUCUGGGAUAAAGCCGGGAAGUUGGAUAGAGCUGCGACGCUGUUCCAAAAGUUAAGAAGCUCGGGUGUGGAAAUUGAUCAGGUUCUUUACCAGACUAUGAUUGUGGCUUAUGAAAGAGCGGGUUUAGUUGGGCAUGCCAAACGCUUACUUCAUGAACUUAAGACACCCGAUAACAUUCCAAGAGCCACUGCAAUUACAAUUCUUGCUGGAGCGGGUCGUGUGGAAGAAGCCACAUGGGUUUUUCGUCAGGCGUAUAAUAGUGGAGAGAUUAAGGAUAUAUCGGUAUACGCUUGUAUGAUUGAUCUAUUUUCAAGAAACCGAAAGCAUUCUAGUGUCAUUGAGGUGUUUGAUAAGAUGAGGAAAGCAGGGUACUUUCCUGACUCUAAUGUGAUAGGUCUUGUUCUAAAUGCAUAUGGGAAGUUGCGGGAAUUUGAGAAGGCGAAUGUUGUGUAUAUGGAAAUGCAGGAUGAAGGGUGUGUUUUCCCUGAUGAAGUUCACUUUCAAAUGCUAAGCCUUUAUGGUGCAAAACGAGAUUUUGAGAUGGUCGAGUCGUUAUUCGAAAGAUUAGACUGUGAUACCAAUAUUAACAAGAAGGAGUUGCAUCUUGUUGUUGCUAGCAUCUACGAAAGGGCGAAUAGAUUGAACGAUGCAUCUCGAAUUGUUAAUAGAAUGAAAGACAUUGGUCUACUAAGAUCUUAGUAUGUGAAAAAUGCAGCAUCUGGUAUGAAGGUUUUGCAAUUUAUUCACAGUGUACUAUUCUAAUUGUAUUCAAAUUUCAUAGGUUGCUAUACUUGCUAAUAUUCAUGUGAUUUCCUCAA